GUUCCGUUUGUUUGAUUUUUGCCAUAUUACUUACUGUUUUUACUCUUGUUUAUUUAACAGAAUUAUGUAGAUUGGUUGGUGCCUCAAAGUUAAAAACAUAAUUGCAUCCUUUAAAUUUACAAGAUAUUUAACAAAUAAUACUACAAUUAUCCACAAUGGAGAAUGAAGAUAUCAAACGUGUCCUGUGUCGCUUUAUCUCGGAAACUGGAGAUACUGCAGGGGACAUGAUGGACUUGCCGUUAAACUGUACUGUCCAACAAUUAACAUUAAUAUGCAACGCCCUUUUACAGCAGGAAGAACCUGUACCAUACAAAUUUUUUAUAAGCGAGAAUGAAAUAACCAAUACAUUGCAAAAAACUUUAGAUAUUGGCGGAGUAAAUACUGAAGGUGUUGUUGAUAUUAUAUACCAACAACAAGCAGUGUUUAAAGUUCGUCCAGUUACAAGAUGCACUGCUUCCAUGCCAGGACAUGCGGAAGCAGUGAUAUCAGUUAGCUUUUCACCAGAUGGCAAACAUUUGGCAAGUGGAUCUGGAGAUACUACAGUUAGAUUUUGGGACAUUAAUACACAAACACCACAUUAUACUUGUAAUGGUCAUAAAAAUUGGGUAUUGUGCAUAACAUGGUCCCCAGAUAGCAGCAAAUUGGCUUCAGCAUGUAAAGAUGGUAAAAUAAUCAUUUGGGAUCCUAAAACUGGAAAUCAGAUAGGUAAAACAAUGGUAGGGCAUAAACAAUGGAUAACAUCAUUAAGUUGGGAACCCUAUCAUAAAAAUCCAGACUGUAGGCUCUUUGCGAGCUCAUCUAAAGAUGGGGAUAUUAAAAUCUGGGAUUCUAUAUUGUGUUCAGUUGUUUUAACAAUAUCAGGACAUACUAAAAGUGUUACUGUAGUUAAAUGGGGAGGCUCAGGCUUAAUAUAUUCAGCCUCUCAAGAUAGGACAAUUAAAGUUUGGAGGGCUAGUGAUGGGGUAUUGUGUAGGACUCUCGAGGGACAUGCUCAUUGGGUAAACACAUUAGCUCUAAAUACCGACUAUAUUUUAAGGAUAGGAGCAUUUGACCCCAUUAAAGACUCACACAAAGACACAUUUAUACCAGAUAAAAAGAAAUCACAAGAAUUUGCACUCAAGAGGUUUAAAGAGGUGAUUGAACCAGUUGGUGAGCGGCUAGUUUCAGGCUCAGAUGAUUUUACUCUAUUUCUUUGGGAUCCAGAAAAGGAUAGGAAGCCCUUGGCUAGACUUACAGGCCAUAUGCAGCUGGUUAAUGAUGUUAAAUUCUCUCCAGAUGGUCGGAUACUUGCUUCGGCAUCUUUUGAUAAAUCAAUUAAACUUUGGGAAGCAAAAACUGGCAAAUUUAUUACAACUUUAAGGGGUCACGUUCAAGCAGUCUACGUCAUAGCAUUCAGUGCAGACUCUAGACUGAUGGUCAGUGGAAGUGCAGACUCAACAUUAAAACUGUGGGACUUGAAAAGUAAAAAAUUGGAAAUCGAUCUACCGGGGCAUGCAGAUGAAGUGUUUGCAGUUGAUUGGAGUACUGAUGGGUUAAAGGUGGCCUCAGGAGGUAAAGAUAAAGUGUUAAGGCUUUGGCAAAACUAGGUUUAUUGGCUAAAAUAAAAAAAUUGUUUGUACUAAAA